CAGUAAACGAACACAUACACAGCAAGUAAAAUACCAAAAACGAAUUAUGUCAGAAUCUGAGGCAGCGAGCUCUAGUACCGAGGGCGUGGUGGAGUCCGCGGAAAUCGUUGAAAAGAUGGAAGAGUUCGCUGAGCCCGAAGCGAAACGUCGAAAAUUGGGCAAAAAUGAAUUACAGCAAGAUGAGAAAAAGGAUAAACUCGAGGAACGAUUAGGCGGCAUUUUGUGCUGCGCAGUUUGCUUAGAUUUACCAAGGGCCGCUGUUUAUCAGUGUAACAAUGGUCAUUUGAUGUGCGCUGGUUGCUUCACUCACCUUCUCGCCGAUGCUCGACUUCGCGAUGAAAUGGCAACCUGUCCAAAUUGUCGGGUUGAAAUCAGUAAAACGGUUGCUACUAGAAAUUUAGCAGUGGAAAAAGCAGUUUCUGAAUUACCAUCCGAAUGCCAGUAUUGUGGAAAAGAAUUUCCAAGGAAUUCAUUGGAAAGGCAUGAAGAUUUAUUCUGCGAAGAAAGAAUAUCUGGUUGUAAAUUCAGUCGUAUUGGUUGUCCUUGGAGGGGUCCUCUCCAUGAGACGCGCCAACAUGAACUGGAAUGUACUCAUCCUCAUCGUAGUGGUGCUGAAGUUAUGGAGGCUCUUCAGGUUAUUGAUCAGCAAGUUGCUGAUGAAAGGAGAUUGUAUGAAAAUAUAUUUGAUCUUCUUGGAUAUGAAAAAAUUACGUUUAAUGAUCUUCAAUUAAAACCAUAUCGUACAGACGAAUUUGUGCAUCGUCUUUUUUACGAAACAUCCCGAUUUUCGGCUUUUAACAAUCAAUGGGUUGUUAAGGCGAGAAUAAAUAACAGUCAAAAGGAUCCAACUCAAAGUACAGAAAGAGAUAUUAGUUAUCAGUUGAUUUUAAAAACAAAAACAACUUCACCGUUAAGUAUACACUACGUGAUUCUGCGAGGACCUUUCGGCGAUAUGAAAAUAAAUCCAAGAAUUCAUCGUUUUGAUUUCUCAGAGCAAGAAAAUGAAAGUCCAUAUGUACCACUUUCUUUGCCGGAUACGGCGGAAUGUAAUCGUCUUCUUUCCGCUAAGACUAUUAAUUUUAGAUUGAUUAUGUUUUUGGCGUCAAAAUAAAAUGAUUAUAUCGAAAUUGAAAUUCGGUAAAUGAAAGGAAACAUUAAAUGUAAUCGCGUCGAUAUUAUUAUUAAUUAUUUUCGCUUUCGAAGACAGUAUUUCUUCUUCUAACAUUUUUUUUUGUUGUUAAUUUUUUUUUUUGUGUCACUUUGAAGAGAUCUGUAUAACACAUAGAAUGAAUCUCACCUUUUUUAUAUACGCCUAAAAAGAUUAAGAAAAAGAAAAAUGAAAUUAUGUAGUGUUAGUGAUUAAGCUGGAGAAAAAUUUAAAAUAUUGAAAAAUUGAUUUAUUUACGUAGAAAAAAAUCUUUCUUUCGUUUUUG